GUGUGAGUUGACCUCCUUUCCCAAUUCAUAUUGCGGGAAUUGUCACCUUGUAGCAAUUCCUCAACCGAUCGGCACUGUUCCAUUGAAUGCAUUCCUCGGUGGAACAUCGACAUUCUCAUUCUUUUCGUUUUUCUAUGCCCUGCACGGAGUGUCAAUUGUAUCACCAUUAUAGUGCUGGUAGAGUCGUGUGGGAUUGAAGAGGAGGGCCCAGGGAGAGAGAGCGAGAGAGAGAGAGAGAGAGAGAGAGAGAGACGGCGCUUCAUCCAUCAGAAAGCUGCUUGUUUGGAGCUUUUCUCUGAGAGUAUGCAGUCAGUCGUGAGAUUUCUUUGUUUUCUUAUGUGGGGAUUUGCGCAGUUUAUGUCCACCCACGCCAUGGAUUCAACGACCCUUGACAAGGUGAAGUGUUGUAUUGGAUCUGAUUGAGUGACGUUGUCUACAUGUUUAUGAGGUUUUUGCUCCGGGUGCAGGAGGAUUGCUUGGCGGUUUUUCGAGGCGAAACAUGACGAUCCAUCGGAAUGCAGGGAAGGUGGAGUUGUCAGAAAUGUACGCAGUGAAGCAGCUGGCUGCCAACGAGUAUGCGCACACGGACCCGCUCACUACCCCUGUCGAGAAAUGCUUCGACUGGGGAAAAGAGCUGGGAGACUUGGUGGAAUGUCAUGGCAGAGAGUUUUACUUGGUGGUAUUCCGCUCCAUCCGAAAGUCCACCGCCAAUUCUGAGAUGCUGUACAAGGCAGAUGCCGCAGCACAGGAGGAGGCACGCAUCAGCGGCGGGCUGCUCAAGUAUUGGUACGGAAUUCUGAACGAGCGGCGCGAGUGCUUAGCGAUGUGCAUUUGGGCGAGUCGGGACGACGCGGUGAAGGCAAUUCACAAGCCAGCGCACCGUGUGGCCAUGAAGCUGGCCUCCGCCAUGUAUGACAUGUACACUUUGGAGCGAUAUUGCCUCAAAAUUGAUGAGAAACUAGUCCCCACUUUCACGCUUCUCGGAAGCCUGUCCUAUUGAUCUGGUCAAGUUGGCAGCAACUUCCCAAUUGUAGACUCUUUGUCUAGCAUAGUACUCUGCAGUAAUUUUAGUGUUCGAUGUGAACUUAAUCCACAGAUUCAAGGCCAAUUCCUUGCUGCAAAUUGCAUGAUGUGCAAAACCAGGGCAUUAUGUAAAUAAUUUUUUCUCUCGAGAUCUCAA